AUGGGUAACAACCCGUCCUCUUCCUCCAAGCCGGCGACCCCGACGUCGUCGGCCCCCGGGUCCGCGCCGGGUCACGGACACGGCCACGAGUCCCCCCGGCAUCACCACCGCAAGGACGCCCGCAACAUCAUCCCCGGCCACACCCACCGCUCCGCUGCUCCCCCGGAGCCCUCCAUGGCCCAGGCCCAGGGCUCCACCGUCGUCAACCGCCCCAAGAGCCUGCCUCCCACCGCCGUCUCGUCCCUCAGCGGUUCUCCCCACAGCGGCGUCGCCGUGCCGCAAAAGAUCGCUUCGUCCUCCGACGCCAGGGUCGUUCCCAACAAGACUGUCGAGUCAAAGCCCCCCGCCGCUCCGCGCGAUGAGCCUUCCAAGCCAGUUGACGUGCCCAUCGAGGCCUCGUCCGUCCGCUCCCACCACUCAGCCCACAUCCCCAUCCCCGAGCCGACCCUCGUCUCCAACAGCAGCAUCACCGACAUGUACCUCACCCGCCCUCCCCGUCUGCCGCUCCCCAUCGACGAGGAGGUCCACACACCGGGUUCCCCCAUCCUCGCGCCUGAGAACGACCAGCCGGUCCCCGAGAUCGAGCUGAUCGACUCGUCGGAUGGCAUGACCCGCAAGAGCUCCGCGCUGAGCGCGACGACUGUCGACGAGGAGGACAGCGAGGAGCUUCGCGUUGAUAAGACAAGACCUGUCGUCCCGGCCAAGCUCGAGUGGCUCCGCGGCGGCGAAAAGGUCUACGUAACGGGCACAAUCUUCCAAUGGAAUCGAAAGCAGCGACUUCAUCCCAUCGAAGGUCGGCCCGGGUGCUUCAGCACCACCGUCUACAUCCUCCCCGGCACCCACCAUGUCCGCUUCCUGGUGGACGGUAUCAUGCAGACGUCUCCCGACCUGCCCACUACUGUCGACUUUGGCAACAACCUCGUCAACUACAUCGAGGUCAACCCUGAUGAUGCCCAUCAGCAGCAGGCCCCGGAUCCUCAAGCCGCCGCUCAGGCUGCUCCCCAAGGCCAAAAGGUCCUGCCUCCGCCCAAGGGCAAGGCCGUCCCCCCGCCAGAGUCGUACCGUAGCCAGAUCCCCAAGUACCUGGUCGACUUUGAUCAGCCAGAGGACUCGCCCGCGUAUCAGUACGCCGUCACGGCUAUUGAGAAGCUGCCGAACCCUCCCACGCUGCCCGGGUUCCUGAGCAAGCCCAUCCUCAACGCGGCGACACUGAUGAAGGACGACAACAGCGUGCUCAACAUGCCCAACCACACCAUUCUCAACCAUCUCGCCACCAGCAGCAUCAAGAACAAUAUUCUCGCCGUGUCGGCCACGACUCGGUAUAGAAACAAGUAUGUCACGACGAUUGUCUACAAGCCCACGUCUUCGGAUGAUGGUUAG